AAACGUGGAAAAUAUGAAUCUGUCAGCCAUACGAACGAUAAGAGUAUUAAGGCCAUUACGAGCGAUCAAUCGAAUACCAAGUAUGCGGAUACUGGUGAUGCUGCUGCUCGACACCCUUCCCAUGCUGGGCAACGUAUUGUUAUUGUGCUUCUUCGUCUUCUUCAUAUUCGGCAUCGUGGGCGUGCAACUGUGGGAAGGCAUACUACGCCAACGCUGCUUCCUCAAGGCUCUGCCCAACGUCAAGUAUCCCGACGAUCUGGAGAAGUAUUUCGAGUAUCAGGGUCAAGAUUACAUUUGUUCGCGUCCCGACGACAGCGGGAUGCACUCCUGCAGUAAUCUGCCGCCUCUUAAAUUUGGCAACUUGGUGUGCAACAGUACCGCUGUGCCAAACAGUAACGUCACGUUCAUCAACAAUGAUACCUGCGUUAAUUGGAACUACUACUACACCGAAUGCAAAGGCCAGGGCAACAAUCCAUUCCAAGGAACAAUUUCAUUCGAUAACAUCGGUCUCGCCUGGGUUGCGAUAUUUCUUGUUAUUAGCCUGGAAGGAUGGACGGACAUAAUGUAUUACGUGCAAGACGCCCACUCCUUCUGGGACUGGAUAUAUUUCGUUCUCCUGAUAGUCAUCGGUUCGUUCUUCAUGAUCAACCUCUGCUUGGUCGUAAUCGCGACGCAAUUUUCGGAAACGAAGAAGCGAGAAAUGGAGAGAAUGCGACUGGAGCGAGCGCGUUACCAUUCGACCUCGACGCUCGCCUCGUCCACGAAUACCUCGGAGCCUACUACUUGUUACGCCGAAAUCGUCAAAUACAUCGCCCAUCUCUGGCGACGAGGUAAACGAAGACUGAUGAAGAGAUAUCGCCUGUGGCUGUACAGGAGGCAGCAGAAGCGGGAGCAGAAUUUACUCAAAGAGCAGCAGAGUCAAGUGUCUCGUUCGAACGCCACUGCUGUCGGGCCAAAUCGCAUACCGGGCGAUAGAAGACUACAUCACGGGAGGUGUCCGCGGCUUCUCGCCGCGCUAGAAUAUGCAGAGCAACAGCAACAGCAGCAGCAACAGGCUACCAAUGGGAACGGUGGAUCUGUCGCUGAUUUCGCCACAAUCACAUCUCCGACACAAUCGGCGAUGGCAAUUGCCGCCCCCACAGUCCCGACUAUCGGCAAUAGCGUCGGUGGUAGUGGAAAUCUGGGCACCGCGCCUCGAGCUAGCCCUGAGCUUUCCGAGGCCGAGGCUUCCGCGAAUGUAUGUCACAGAUUAAGCAUUCACCGCACCUCGUCCGUGUCCUGUAAUGGAAGCGACAACGCUGUCGUGGGAAACGUGGCUGAGACGAACAGCACGUUGUUGAGUCCACCAUGUACGCAUUAUCGGAGAAGAAGCAGCGUAAUGUUUAGCGACGUGGUAUUGCUCCAUGGCAGCAAUAAUGUCGGGAAUGCGUUGCAGCCGGGAUUGACGGUGACACCGGGCGAGCGUAACGUCUGCUCGAGCGAGAAGAUGACACAGACGGGGGAUGGUAACGUUUGGUCCAGUCCACUGCCGGACCACGCGCAGAUGCAAGCCGAACUGGGUGGCAACGAGGCUAUGACGUGUCAGGAAUUGUUGGCUCUCAGUGGUGCUCUCAGUGCUGCUCUGCCAACCGGCCAACUAGCGCUCGAUUCGUUUUUAAAUUCUCUCACGAAAGGCACCAUAGGUAUAACAGAUCGUCACAUCACAUUGGAAGAUCGCACGCAGUGGUUAACGUCCGACGUUGACAAUUGUUCCUGUUGCUGCGAGCUGCAGGCAGGUGAACAGUGGCCGGAAGACGGCGAGAAGUGGCAAAAGUCCUCGCGGCCUAGACAGCUUCUAAGACGCGCCGGUACCUGCUGUAUCUGUACAUUACGCUGUAUAAGACGGUGGAUCAAGAAGCUGGUCGAACACAAAUACUUUCAACAGGGUAUUCUAUUGGCGAUCCUCAUCAAUACUUUGAGCAUGGGAAUCGAAUAUCACAAUCAGCCAGAACAGUUAACAGUGGCCGUUGAGAUAAGCAACAUUGUAUUCUCUGCAAUCUUCGCGGUGGAAAUGUUGCUUAAAAUAAUAGCGGAAGGUCCAUUUGGUUAUAUCAGUAACGGCUUCAACGUUUUCGACGGCAUCGUCGUCGUCCUGAGCGUCGUCGAGCUCUGCCAAUCAGUCGUAGAGGAGCGUGGCGGCAGUUCCGGUCUGAGUGUCCUGCGUACGUUCCGCCUCCUCAGGAUCCUGAAGCUAGUGCGAUUUCUACCCAAUCUACGACGUCAGCUUUUCGUGAUGCUGCGCACCAUGGAUAACGUUGCCGUAUUCUUUUCUCUUUUAGUACUUUUCAUCUUUAUAUUCAGUAUUCUCGGGAUGAACCUGUUUGGUUGCAAAUUCUGUGAAACGAUGAAAGGCAGCUCUGACGUCGAGUGUGAUAGGAAAAACUUUGACUCGUUACUCUGGGCUAUUGUGACGGUGUUUCAGAUUCUCACACAGGAAGAUUGGAAUGUCGUCCUCUUCAACGGUAUGCAGAAGACGUCUCAUUGGGCUGCGCUUUAUUUCGUAGCAUUGAUGACUUUUGGCAACUACGUCCUCUUUAAUCUUCUAGUCGCCAUUCUUGUUGAAGGUUUCUCAUCGGAGAGAAACGAGAGGAGAGAACGAGAGCAAAGAGAAUUGGCAAAAAGACUCGCCGCAAAAGAAGCUGGAAUAGGCAGCGAGGACGGAUCAUCAAGAAUAUCGGGAUCGCAUUCGAUCUCUGACAGCGAUACGUAUACUCAGGAUCAAAAGAAUUCGUGGCAAAGUGCAGAAGAGCUCAGGAAGUACAAGGACAACAGGGAGAAGCAGAACAGCGUAUGGAAGCAACGGAUCGAUGAACCUAAGUGUAACAUUCAGAAAGAGAGCAAGAUGAUGGGUGUGGCGGGUCAGCCGCCGAUAAUUACUCAUACAGCAGCCACUCCUCAAGACUCCCCGAACACCACAUUAGAUGUCGGCUACAGAGACCUCAAUUGUCGAGCAGUUUAUCCGACUGCUGCCCUUUCAAUCGAGUCCAUCGAUCGAUCUGGUAGUCAGUGCAGUAUACCCUCGGGAUUGCUAAAGCUACCUGAUGUAUCCAACAAAAUACCGACAAAUAACUUAAUAGCUGGUCAAUUCCCGAGACGCAUAAGCCUCGUUACGGCCGUUGUUAAUCCCUCGACGAGGGACUCGAGUUCUAGUCCGCCGAGGGUACAAAGAGGAUACUCCUGGCGCUUGUCGCGGCCAUCUUUGGGGAGGAAACGAUGGUCGCAAAGCGAUGAUGAGCACACCGGCCAUACUACUGUACUAAACAAUGGGCGUAGUACUCUCGUUGGAUCCAAUCUAACAUUUAAUGGCGGUUAUUUACACGGUUCGAUAAGAAACGAUACUCAACGCGAUGCGCCCAAUAAUCGAACUACCGUCCUGACAAGCAAUAAUCGUAGUUUGAGUCCUAAUAAUUCACUCGAAAGCCAUGCUCCAUGGUCAAUUCGUCGUUACACAGUUACGCCUAACCAGAUGCGAUGGAUUGGCGAGCUUUCACGGAGAAAUUCACUGCGCGGAUACGAAAAUGUUCAGACAUCCACGAGGAAAACGCUACCAUUGGACGAGAUGCUCGCACCGUCCUCAACCCCACGCACGAUCAAUAAUCUCUCGAUGGAGACUGGUCCGCUGCCGAGAAUCAAACGACUCCAUGAACAAGAAGAAGAACGUCCGAGAACGGGUGGCGAGCAGACUCCACCGUCGAAUGGUCACGGUAGCGCAAGCAGUAUCGAAAGAAUAAAAAAGAUAUUCAUGUUUUUCGAACCUAAGGGCUGCCUGCAGGAGCGUGACAAUUAUUCCCUAUAUUUAUUCCCACCAAAUAACAGAUUUCGUAUUUUAUGUCAAUGGUUUGUGGAUCAAAAAUGGUUCGACAACGUGGUAUUGCUAUUUAUUGGAUUAAAUUGCAUUACUCUGGCGAUGGAACGACCGAAUAUACCGCCGGACAGUCGUGAGAGAAUUUUUCUAUUGACCGCGAAUUACAUUUUUACUGCUGUUUUCGCCAUCGAGAUGUUCAUUAAGGUCGUCGCAACGAGUAUGUUGUACGGUCCAGACGCUUAUUUUACAUCAGGUUGGAAUAUUAUGGACGGAUCUCUCGUUAUCAUUUCUAUAAUUGAUUUAUCGAUGUCAUUGCUCUCGUCUAGUAGCCCCAGAAUAUUUGGCAUUUUAAGGGUAUUUAGACUACUGAGAUCACUGAGACCUCUGCGUGUCAUCAACCGUGCACCUGGCUUAAAGCUGGUCGUCCAGACAUUGCUGUCUUCAUUACGACCUAUCGGCAACAUUGUUCUCAUUUGUUGCACGUUUUUCGUGAUCUUUGGUAUUCUCGGGGUGCAGCUGUUUAAGGGUGCGUUCUAUUAUUGCGAAGGCCCCGAUAUCAAGAAUGUACGCAAUAAAACGGACUGUCUAGCCGAUAAGCGAAACCUGUGGCUCAACAGAAAGUACAAUUUCGACGAUCUUGGUAAAGCUCUUAUGUCAUUGUUUGUUUUAUCGUCGCGAGAUGGAUGGGUAAACAUCAUGUAUACUGGUCUAGACGCUGUCGGGGUCGAUCAGCAGCCUAUCGAAAAUUACUCUGAGUGGCGAUUAUUGUAUUUCAUCGCGUUCAUAUUGCUGGUGGGUUUCUUCGUGCUGAACAUGUUCGUCGGAGUGGUGGUCGAGAAUUUUCACAGAUGCCGUGAAGAACAGGAGAAGGAGGAACGUGUGCGAAGGGCGGCUAAGCGCGCGUUGCAAAUGGAGAAAAAGAGACGAAAAAUGCACGAGCCGCCGUAUUACACCCAUUAUUCUAAGGCACGGCUGUUCGUCCACAACGUUGUAACAUCCAAGUAUUUCGACCUGGCGAUCGCCGCCGUUAUCGGUCUCAAUGUCGUUACGAUGGCGAUGGAGUUUUAUAUGAUGCCGAAAGCACUCACUUACGCACUGAAGAUCUUUAAUUAUUUCUUCACCGCAGUUUUCAUUCUCGAGUCCAUAAUGAAACUUGUCGCCCUCGGCAUACAGCUUUAUCUGAAAGACAAGUGGAACCAAUUGGACGUGGGAAUAGUAAUACUAUCAGUGGUCGGCAUCGUGUUAGAGGAGGUCGAAUCUAAAAUUAUCCCCAUUAAUCCCACGAUAAUUCGCGUAAUGCGAGUGUUGCGAAUAGCCCGGGUGUUGAAGCUCUUGAAAAUGGCAAAGGGCAUACGUGCCCUCUUGGACACGGUGAUGCAGGCGUUACCACAAGUCGGAAAUCUGGGGCUGUUAUUUUUUUUACUUUUCUUUAUAUUUGCCGCGCUAGGGGUGGAACUUUUCGGUCGACUAGAAUGCAAUGAUGAUAUGCCUUGCCAAGGUCUUGGCGAGCACGCGCACUUUAGUAACUUUGGCAUGGCCUUUUUGACGCUUUUCCGGGUCGCCACUGGUGACAAUUGGAAUGGAAUCAUGAAGGACACGCUAAGGGACGAUUGCGAUGAUGCGGCGGACUGUGUUAAAAAUUGUUGCGUGAGCAGUAUCAUAGCACCAAUAUUUUUUGUGAUUUUUGUUUUGAUGGCACAAUUUGUACUGGUGAACGUCGUCGUCGCUGUGCUAAUGAAACAUUUGGAAGAAAGUCACAAACAGAUGGAAGACGAGCUGGAUAUGGAAACACAAUUGGAGAGAGAGUUAGCUGCGGAACAGGAAGAACUUCUUGACGAGGAAGAUGAGGACGACAUAGUGAUGAAUGGCAGAAUAAAUGGCGACGAAGAUGACGAUGAAGAUUAUAAAGAACACGAGUCAAUGGUGGUAAACGAAAAAAUACAUGUAAGACCAGGAUUGGCUAAAGUUCGGUCUUUACCUGCGAAUUUUAUUUACAAUCCACCGAGGGAGAGAAACAUCGAUGAUGCCUCGAUUUCCAUAUCCUUGGACGAAAAACGUCGCGGUUCGAGUUCGAGACCGUCCAAGUUUAAGUCAAGACGCCGGCAAACAUUCCACUCGAGCCAUCAUCAACGAAGGUCAUUGCUGCCAAUGCACUUUGAGGUCGCCGAAGUUUUUGAGAAACCCGUGAGUAAUUUGAGCGUACCUCGAAUUAUUCCACAUCGCAGUUACGCCAUAACUAGUCAAGAUGUCAGUCGAGUACAACGUCAGAAGUUGCCGGUGACCACUAGUGAAAUGCGUGAAAAUAAAUCUCUGUUAACCGUAAGCAAGCCGCCGACCAGCCCCUUAUUGGUCACAUCCCCCGGCUCGAGCAGCACCCUAAGCGUCCCGCCAAAAUUGAGCAGCGAUCGUUACCUCAUGCCAACCGCCGAGAUCUACCCGUCCAAGGCGACGAUGAGCCGGGCAUCGAGCGACACGCAAUCACCGACGCCAUCGGAUACGACGAGCGCGAGCGCCGGUACUAGCAGUACGCGAACGCCCAGCAUCGCGAAUGGCUAUGUCGGUGGCAAAGCUCGGUUGGAGGAACCAAAGAAGAAGAUGAUAGAAGAGAGAAGACGCCCGACGACAACGACGGUGCCGACGCCACCCCAAGAAGACCUUGACGUGCAGUCUGUUAUCAACGAGAGGAGGCCGUCCAAAUUGAAAACGCAUGACGCUGGCGCGUCCACCACCACCAGCAUCGCCAGCGAUCAGUACAGCGCGAUGAUCCGCGGCGAGGGUUACAGCCACAUUUAUGUCACCACCGAGGAAAGAUCCGACGAAAUCCCUUCGCCGUGCGGCAACGCGAGUGAGAGUACCGGUAGCCUGAGCGUCGCCGGCAGUCUCAGCGCCGUCGCCAGCAUCAGCGUCGCCGUGAGUGCUGGCGCGGCUGGUAGCAUCAGCAACGGUAGUUGCAAUGGUAGCGGCAGUGGCAACGACGAUGGAGUGCACAUCGGCGAGGGCGGCGCGAUCGGAUCUGACGUGAGAAUAUACGUGGACGACACAGACUCGGCGAGCAGCAGCAACGGACAACGGCGCGGUGGCAGAUUGCGCGACGACGAGAUCCAGGACGUCUCGACCACCAUCUCCUCUACUACGACGAUGAGAAAUGGUAGAGGCAGUGGCGACACGGACGAAAGCAAGGAGAUACCCGAGAGACCGUCCUCCACCGGUGGAUCGUUGGAUCCGCCCUCUUAAUCCAGGGCGAAUGUACGAGCCGAUGUAGUCUCUAGUUGUACGAGAUAUAUUUCCAGGGGAUGAAACAUAGUUAUACACACAUGUUAUACACAUGGUAUACACUGCACGGCGGAAAAACAUUAUGGUGGAAGAUCGCGGGAGGGAUUUAAGAAAGGGCUCUAAGAAAGACUGUAGUGCAUGACAAUAUAGUCGUUAUAUUAUAGUCUCUUCGCCGCCGUGAACUUGCCAAAACGAACAAGUCGAGCAUUUAGAGGGAGGUUGAACUUUUCGGGAGAAAGAACGAAAGAGAGAGAGAGAGAGAGAGAGAGAGAGAGAGAGAGAGAAAGAGUACGAAAAGAAUAUUCUGCGCAUCGUGUAAACGAGAUACGAUCGCGCGAACGGCAUGAUAUAAUUAGGAAAAUCUACUGUGUAGCGCAAAACAGCUACACAAAACGCGCGACGUGCGCGUAUCACAUAACUUGAAAACCUAUGACAAUCUCUUAUUGCCAACGGAACUAAUUUCGUUGUUCCGUUUCCGAAACGUCAAUGGAAGUCGAUUCGUAGGAAUUGGUAGGAAGAAGAACGACGUAGACCGCGUCGAUAAAAAUUAGAAAGAGAGAAAAAGAGAAUUUUAGUAGUUUAUAACUAGAUCUUAUGUCGAGUACGCGACAAAACUGCAAUUAAUUGGACCACACUGUCUCGCCUUUCCUUAUUCUCUAACUCUUGAAAAUUACGAGGGGGUCCGCCGAUUGGAAGUCAAAGAUGUCUACAAUCGAUCGAUGUAGAUUGCGUUUCUGUAAUUGGAUCGAUUAUAACGGGAAUGAUAAUUGAUCGGCAAAAUUGGACUGAUGUAAUUUGUUUGCGAUUAUAUAUACAUGUGCCUGAUCUUUUAACUAUAGAAUAGUC